AUGGUUAUUGAUAUCGCCAACCAAGAUGGCGGGGACAUCGCUGAUCUGUGGGAAGUGGCACAAUACAAUUGGAAUGAAGAUGAAGAAUUUAUUCAGUUUUCAGAAGAUUUCUCAAACAACGGGACCUGGUACAUCCGCAAAUUGUACAAUGCAGUAGGUUUCAACUCAAAAAAGAAAUGGAGAUAUAGAGAUAGGCAAGGGCAUGUCAUCAUUCCAUUUGUUAUAAAGGGACCAUACAAGAAAUGGCAGAAAAAGAGAAUCAGGAAAGCAAUGAACCGUAUCGAAGCCAAUACAUGUAUCCGUUUCCGAAGGAAAACUCGAAAACAAAAAGAUCAUAUUGUAAUAAGAAACAGAUUCAAUGCAGGAUGCUAUUCGACGGUCGGACGUCCCGGAGGCGCAAGUCUCCUCUCCCUUGAAGCGAACCACAAACGAACAUGCAUGACUGACUACAUCGUUCUACAUGAACUGUUACAUGUCGUUGGACUAUGGCAUGAGCAUCAACGAGCUGAUCGUGACAGGUUCAUCAAAGUCGUAAGAAAGAACGUCGCGAAAGGAAUGAAACUUCAGUUCAAGAAGGUGAAGCCGCCACAAGCAUACACGUACAAUGUUCAAUACGACUACAUGUCUAUCAUGCACUACAAUAAGCAUACGUUCGCCAUUGGAAAGAGAAUUACCAUGAGAACAAGGGAUCCCAGAUAUCAGAACCUGAUCGGAAAAGUGAACGACGCCUCUCCGAGUGAUUACCUCAAAGUAUGUAGGAUGUAUGGUUGUAAGGGGUGCGAGGCAUUCCAGCUGACAAGAUUUAAGCCUCCGCGGUACAUUAUGGGCUAG